GCCAGGUCCAAAAUACAUGUUAUUACAACCAGAGGUACGAACAAGAAGGGGAGGAAGAAUAUUUUCAACAGAGAUUUAUAUCAAGGAAGGGAAAAAAAUGGGAAGGCCUCGUUUCCUUGCACUUCUUCUCGUCUCAGCCCUUGUCUUCCUCUCCUUCUCUCAAGGAUAUGGGAGAAGGAUUAGGGUGAUGAGGCAUUAUGGGAGGUGGGGUUCGUCUGCUCCUGUGGUACAUGAGGAGAAUUCAGGGAUGGAGAGGGAGAUGGUGGAGACGAAGAUGGAUUAUCAAGAACCAGGAGCCAACACUAACACAAGGGGUGCGACGGUGUUCAAUUCUCCACCUCCUACUUUCUAAGCUUCGGGAUUACCUCUCAGGAAGAAAAGAAAAAAAUAGCAGAAUAAGGAUGAAUAAUAAGUCUCUUUUCUUAGAUUACCUCCUUUUUACCAAUAAAAUUGAAAGGAGUGGUGUAAUGUUUUGUAGGCCUAAGAACGUUUUUUUGUUUUUAAAGAUAAGUACUUUCAUGGAGAUGUAUAUAUCUAGUCUCUGGGCUUUAUUUGGAUAUCAUAUUUCCCUGUAUGUGCGUCAAGCAGACCACGGUGAUUUAAACAUCUUUAUCUUUCCUAAUAUUAAGAAAUAUUGCCUGUCUUUUUAUCAUGGAUUAGCAAAACUAAUAUAAUUCAAGAACUUUUUGUGC